ACGUGGUAAUCAACAUUUGAUAACACUAAAAGUAUCUGCUAAACCUGCAACAAUCUACUCAAUUUUACUUUUAUUCGAAAUAAUUGUUGCAAACUAGUAAGAAUUUAACGCAUCUCAGUAUGAUAAAGUAGUGUAUACAUAAUUUGAAAAAUAUUUUACAAAAUACAGCAACAAAAAUAUAUAAAACGAUGAAACUUGAAAUAUCAAAAACAACCUUGAAUAUUUUUAACAUUCUUGUGGUUGUGAUAACCGCAUUCGUAAGAGUUAGGGCCAAUCAUUUCCCUACACACCAUUUGGUUGACUUCCCCGAAGAUGAGGCACUUAAUUUAAAUGAGAGGUUCUUUAACGAUGUCAGGGCUCUUAUUAAACGUCGCUUGAAGGAAAAUUCUGAAAUUAAAAAGUUGCAUUUGGAUAGCGAUAAAACUGUGUUAAAUGAGAAGGAAAUCUCUUCCGCUUCCAACUUUGACAUUAUUCCAACUGCUCCUUCAUACGUCCCAACCCCAGUGCUGGUUGAAAAUUGGCCUGCAAGUACUCAUAGUUUCGGGCAAGUAACAGCUGUGUCGAUAGACCCUCAAGGUAAUCCUGUUAUAUUUCAUCGGGCUGACAGAUAUUGGGACGCUAACACUUUCAAUGAAAGCAAUAUAUAUCAUAUGAUUGAGUAUGGACCUAUCCAGGAAAAAACAAUAUUUGUAUUGGAUCCAAAAACAGGUUCAAUAAAAUCAGGCUGGGGUGAGGACUUAUUUUACAUGCCGCAUGGUAUGACAAUUGAUGUUCAUGGAAACUAUUGGAUCACAGACGUUGCUAUGCAUCAAGCUUUUAAGUUUAAACAGCACGAGAAUCAGCCGUUACUAACGAUUGGAAAACGUUUUCGGCCAGGAUCAUCGGUUAAACACUUAUGCAAACCAACAUCAAUUGCCGUAUCAACCACUGGAGAAUUUUUCAUUGCUGAUGGAUAUUGCAAUCAGAGAAUUUUAAAAUUUAAUGCUGCCGGUCGACUUUUACGUGUUAUCCCUCAACCUCCCGAGUUUCUAUCGUUGCAAGUGCCACAUGCUAUCACAUUAGUAGAACACCUAGAUUUACUAUGUAUUGCCGAUCGCGAAAAUAUGCGAGUGGUCUGCCCUAAGGCCGGCCUGAAGUCAUCUCAAGGCGAAGGACAACCAGCUGCAACAAUACAAGAACCUGAUUUAGGUAGAGUCUUUGGUGUUGCUGCCUAUGGAGAUAUUGUUUAUGCUGUUAAUGGCCCAACAUCUAUGUUACCUGUUCGCGGCUUUACCAUAGAUCCAAGAUCUGAAACAAUUAUUGGUCAUUGGGGCGAAUUUAAAAACCCUCAUUCCAUAGCAGUUUGCGUUAAUGGUUCAGCACUAUAUGUCAGUGAAAUUGGCACAAAUCAUCAAACAAAUCGCAUUUGGAAAUAUGUUUUAGUUUAAAUCCAAUAGAAUCAGAUAUACCAAGGGUAGUUGCGUACAAUAUCUACAGUAAAAACAAAAAACAUACAUAUACAGUAUUGUUAGUAACCGGCACAAUUGUUCAUUUUAAUGUAAGUUUGUUUAACAGUAAUAUGACAUUGGCUAUAAAGUUAGUUUUAUGGAUUUUAAAAAUUAAAUGGUAAAAUAUAAAUCACAAUUAGUGUAAUAUGUAACCAGAUUAUUUAAAUUUCACAAGGAAAUAUUUUUAGUACAUAUUUUUCAAAUUUUUAGUACAUAUUUUUCUCAUUUUUAUAGUGCAUAUUUUGCAUUUUUAGUGCAUGAAAAUCUCUGCCAUUCUCAUAACUAUUAAAAUUAGCUAAAAAAAAAGUAUUACACUUUUAUCCACACAUAAUGUUACAGACCAAGCUAGGAAAGUUAACUUUCAUAUCAACUUUUCAAACAAAAAUUAAAUUUUACAUAAAUCCUGAUUUUUAAAUCGAAUCUUGUUUUUGUUUCCAUAUUAGAUAAUUCAUAAAGUAAUUUGAUUAAACAAAGUGAAAAAUUGCUUAAAUUUCGAACAAUAUUGUAUAUGUAUAAUUACGGAUCAAAGUAUUCAAGUGAAUCAAAUUAUUUUUACAGUGCAGUUGUUUGUGCAGUUACCAAGCAAAUAAAUUUAAAAAUACAUAUUUAUUAAGUACAGGUAUAGACAUACAUAUACAAACAGCUCACUUUUUUAUAUUAAACCGGCUAAAAAUAAUAAUUUUAUUUUAAGUUUUAUCUCUAAUUAAACAAAUAUAAUUUUCUUUAUUAUAUUCAAAUAAUAUAAAAACAUACAUGCAUAUAAACUUAAUCAAAUUAGUAUCACUUUAAUGUUGUCAAAAAAAUAAAUAAUAUAUAUGUAAAUAUA